UCCUGCAAUGAUGGGCUUCAAGUUCAAGCGUAAGGGCGUUGUGGCGUGCUUCUGCAUCCUCUUUAUCCUAAUCUUCAUCUCCGUCCUCCUCUACAUCCUCCAACAACUAGGUCCCGACGUCUGCUCGAAGCUGCUCAAGUACAGCAAGCUGAGAGUGAAGUGGAUCCACGACACCUUCAGAUUGGAGUUGGAUACACUCCAAACCUAUGACAUAGUCAUGGAGUCUGGUUUGUCAUCAGAGGGUAGUGGUGUUGACCGGCGCAAGCUUGCCGGCAUGCCCAACUCCCGAGGACUGCUGCGUAUCCCGCACAAGGUGUACCUCAGCGGCUAUUGGCCCGUUGGCAAGGAGGUUUUGGUCAGUGAGUCGUCCUUUGCCAUCUCCUUUACCAUGAGCUUGUACAAGCCGUCAUGGAAGGGAACGAUCAAAUUACAGAAUGGUACAGGUCUAGCCUUCCUCGUCCUGCCGCCUUACCAGAGAGCACACGGCAACUUGACAAAGCAACUGGGGCUCGGAGCAGACGGCUCCCUCAAGCUCACCAACUCCACAGCCAGGACAACUAAUUUCCUCGGAGGCGGACAUGUGUCGGUCGAGAUCGGAAGGCUACCUGAUGGGUCGUCGAUCUCGCCUUAUGAUCCUAGUGAUCGCCUUCUUGUUGUCCAUGUUUCUAACAUCGAGCCUGCUCCUGCGGUGGCAAGGUACACUUUGUGGAUUGAGUACACUCGUCUCGGGCAAUGCUUAACAGUCUACGUCGCCCCUGGUGAAGGCAAAGAAAGACCGGAUCACGCCGUCGCCAUCAAGAAGAACAUCAGCUACAGCGGUGGAAUGUACUGGGAUGCCAGUUUCGGCUUGUAUUCCUCAGCGGGGCAACUCAUGCAAGUCCAUACCUGGAGCACCGAGGUGGAGGGCGCCCCCUAUCUCAUGAAGUACAUCAUGGAUAAUUAUUCGAAACUUGCAGCAAUAUUUGCGGCAUUGCUUUUAGCACUAGCUGCAACCGUAGCUGCGGCUGCCAUUUCGGGUGUGGCAUGGUACUUCAGGACCAAGCGGAGGAGGUGGAAGAAGGAGCAGGACAAGCUUGCCAAGAUCAUGCAAAGCCUCCCCGGGGUGCCGACUCAGGUCGAUUUCGCCGACAUCAGGAAGGCCACCGGCAACUUCGACGAGACGAUGAAGCUGGGGAAAGGCGGCUUCAGCUCCGUGUACAGGUGCCGGCUUCCCCCGGAUGCUCGUGGGAGGAGCAGCUCGACGGAGGUUGCCGUCAAGAAGUUCACGCGCGGGGUCGAGGAACAGCGCUACGAGGACUUCCUCGCCGAGGUCAGCAUCAUCAACCGUCUGCGCCACAAGAACGUCGUCCCACUCGUCGGCUGGUCAUACAACAAGGGGGAGCCUCUACUUAUCUACGAGUACAUGAACAACGGCAGCCUUGAUCAACAUCUGUUCAGGAGAGGUGGCAACGGGGAACAGCAGGAACAACAACAGGAAGACACACCUAUUCGGCAAUGGGAGACUCGUUACAGCAUCGCGAGAGACAUAGCCACCGGUCUGCACUACGUUCAUCACGAGCAUGAGCCAAUGGUGCUGCACCGCGACAUCAAGGCGAGCAACAUUAUGCUCGACUCCAACUUCCGCGCCCGUCUCGGUGACUUUGGCAUCGCCUGCACGGUAGCUGCUGACAGGAGCUCCGUCACCGGCGUCGCCGGCACCUGGGGUUACAUAGCGCCGGACUACGCGAUGAGCAACAGGGCCACACGCCAGACUGACAUCUAUGCAUUUGGUGUUCUGGUCCUGGAGGUGGUUACGGGCAAGAAGAACAGGGACGUGCCACCUGACGACGGCCACAUUUCCGAUUGGGUCUGGCGUCUCCAUGGCAAGGGAAGGCUGCUGGAUGCUGUGGACGAUCACCAGCAGGCCGUCGUUCUAGAUGAGGCUGAGCGUCUACUGCUCCUUGGCUUGGCGUGCACCAACCCCGAUCCGACCAACCGUCCGAGCAUGGCGGCGGCGGUGCAGGUCAUCAGUAAGUUGUCGCCGCCGCCGGACGUGCCUUUCGAGAGGCCAGCGUUCGUGUGGCCACCCAAAGAGUGGUGUUCACUCGACUCUGAUUAUUGCACAACACAGAGCAAUCUGGGGGGGAUCUCGACCAGCACGGUCGAGCUGGUGCAGAUCAUGCAGGACCAGCCGCCCCUGGAGACACAGAGCAGCAGCACAAGGUUCUUCAGCGUGUGACUCCCCGUUGGCACAGGAUCGCUAUAUAUCUUUUUCUUUGGUUCAACUGAGUACCUAGUUAUCUUGGUCAUCCAGAAGUUAAUUCUGGUUUGGACUAUGGACCUCCACAUAUAUCUGUUAUUCGUUGUAUACGAAAUUUCGUGC